UUUGAGACGAACGGGGCCCGCACAGCUGCAUCCCACGACACUCAGUGAUUGGUGAUCGGUUUAAACGCGACGCGAAACGUUUCGGACUCGCGCAAACUUCUCCACGUGCUUCUGUCAAAAAACUUAUCGCGACGGUGUGCUCAACUCCGAGUUUUUUACCUGCGAGAGGGGAAUUUCCAGUCGAAACUUUCUGAAAAUUAAUCUGCGAGUGCGCUCGUUAUUCUGACAGCGAUUAAAGAUUUUGAGCUGCUGCCAAGUGCCGAGGGUUUCGCUCCUUCUUUCGUGUCACCCAAAAAAUCGAGUCCCUCCGAUUUCUCGACAGUAAGCAGUGACUCGACCGAUCGGGAAUAAAAAUACGAAAAUGUUUAGGCCAAAUAAUCGAAAGGAUUAACCGCGGGCGCGAGUGAUAAGGAAAAUAAAUAAAACAUGAAAGAGGAUGCGAGUCACGAAAAAUCGUCGUCACCGACGAGAGAAACGCGAAAGAAAAUUUGCAACGAGCACGGUGAGGACUGUCCGAGCGAGAACGAACGAGAAUUCGAAUCCCUCGAGUACGAGGAGGAUGUUUACUACGCGAAUUUAGCGGCGACCCCGAGCUUCGAUGACAUCGACGAGCUCAGUGGCAGCGAGGAAAUAAUAGUGCACUGCUGGCGCGAUUCGAACGGCGAGCUCGACGAGAUCGUCGUCGACGAAACCGACUUACGUAUCGACGACGAUUUUAACUCCUCUUCGCAAGGAGGCAACGCGAAAAAUAACCGAAGAAAAAAGAAGUCCAUUCGUCUAGUUUUUCAAGAAUUCUCCAAACCUUAUCUCGCGAAAAUUAGCAGCAGCAAUAAUUACAAACGAUUCGUCGAACUCAUGAAAGGUGAGGAUGCCUCGCUCCACACAGGUGGCUCCCUCUCGCCAUCAGCUGACAACGCUGCUAAUGAACUUCAGGGCCUUACGCUCGAGGAACAGGAACGCCAGAAAGCUGAAUGGGCUGCCGAACUUGCCAAGGUCGAAGAAGAAAUUCAAACAUUGAGACACGUUCUUGCGAGCAAAGUCGGAGUUUCUUACGCUCUCAAACGGAAAUUGGGAAUUACCGUUUGGAGAGAGCUUUCAGACGACGUUAAUCAGGGCCUCCGUACAGUGAAGGAGAGCCAGGUUUAUCAGAACGUGGGUGCAAAACUCGGUCGGGUCACCAAGGCAGUCUCCGAGAACAGUUUAUUCCAAAAAACCGAAUCAGUCUUCAAGAAUACAGCUGAAGUUACGACCAGCAUUCUCGGAGGCUUGGGCAGCGGCAUUUCCAUGAAACUCGGCCAGAUGCGCAAUUCUGACAGCUUCCGUUCUCUCGAGGAACGUGUCGGCUCUGCUUACGAGAAUGUCAAGACAAAAGUCGUGCCCUCAAGGUCAAAUUCAACUCAGAGUUUCGACGAAGCGUUGCGAGAAGCCGAAGCAUCGAGACGAGCAUCAGCAGCACCAAUGGCGACGAGCCCGACCAUUCCCGAGGACAAACUUCUGUCUUAGAAAAGCCAAAAUGAAGUUUUGUCUCUUCCGCUCUCGUUAAGACAUCAGGAUGCACGUAACGCUUGAACGAAGCAAAAAACCUAUUUUACUAACAACGAUUAAAACACGGACGAUAAAGAAGGAGAAAAAAAAGAAAACACAAAUCGAAUGAGAAACUUGAAUACUUAAACGUGAUAGAAUCGACGAGAGAUGGAAAGAAUUUCAUCGUCCACUUAAAGCACUUUGUUCGUAUCUCUGUCGCAUACCGGAAGGGGGUCCAAAUACUAACAAAUUUUCAUUUCUUACAUCCGGUAUAAGAUCAAACAUCUCACGGAUUUAACAAAAACGUACAGAAGGUCGUGGAAAGGAGAAAAAUAUAAAAUAUUGAAAAUGUCGAAUAGCCAAUGAUCCGAUGAAUUCACCGGUUUAAUAAUUGCGCUUGUGCCCGGAAAAGAUGUAGAUCAAAUAAGAGAAAAUUAUAAAAUCAACAUUCAUUAUUUUUCACGAAAAAAAUGUGAAUAUCAAUGUCGCUUCGUUGAAUUUUUAUUGGACAUGAAUUUGCGAGCACGGCAAUUUGACUCAAACAUCGAAAAGUCUCAUUAUGUUGAAUGAAAAAAAAGAUGCUCAUUUCUGAAGGACCUUUUUUGUGCAUUUUUUUUCAAAACUCGCGUACUCUUGAUGCUCGUAUUUUACGGCUGGAAUCAAAUUAUCAUGCAUUUAAUUUCGAAACAUUAUUCUCGUGUCUGCGCAACUGUUUCUACUUUUUUCAACUUCCGAAAUAAAAAAACGUCGGUUCUCUGCAUUAAGGGAUCGAAGCUCAUCCUUUGUGAUCGCCAAUGUCGAAAAGGCCAAAAAUUCUCGAAGAUAUUGACAGGAAUCAGGAGUUUUUGAAUAAUUUUGAAAAAUGAGCAUUUUUUUCUUUUCGAGAUAACAUGAAAUCGCGAUGUUUGGCUGAGAGCCGAGGUAUACCCGUCCUCUGACAAUAUAAACAUAAACACUAUAUUCUUUCUAAAGAUACGAUCACAAACACGUAAAAUAAACACAAAGUAAAAAGAUCCGUAAUGCAUUAUGUAUUAUUGGAGAAUAGAGAAAACAAAAGUGGGGGAGGGAAAUAAAUUACUUAUAAACACGGAUACAAUUACGGACUUGUACGCAGAGCGCAAGAAAAAACAAGCACUUACAUUUGUAAUGUAAAACAAUUGAUCCGAAGGUCAAUUUGAUGAAAUGGGUGAAGAUCGUAUUUUCUAAUUUUGAAAAUUGCCUCAGUCAAGUUGCACACACAAGAAAAAAGGGAAGAAGAAUCCAUAAAAGCGGAAAUUUUAACUGUCUGUGAGAAAUCACGAUAUCUAAAUUUGUGGUGUUGAAUAUUUGAAAAUAAUCAUUAAAACUCUAUUCUGUCCUGCCUUGAAUGAUUCUAAUUGUCCGUUAGAUCGGAGAUCGCAUUUUUAUCGUAUAAACUACGAAUCGAUCGAUAUUUAUCGCGAAAAUCGUAUUUUUGCGAUUUCAUUUCGCGCUUGCCGCUGUGUAACAAUCUUCUUGUUCUCUAUUGGUAAAUAAAUUAUUUCAUCAAA